CAAAAUAGCGUCAGUCGAGAGAAAAUUGUUGACGGGAGUGGAAGUACGUCUAAUACGCAAGUGCAAUCUCGCAUCGAUUCGAGUACUCAACACUCAAUACACAACAAGAGUUGCAAUAAAUCUAGAGAGAGCAUAUUGGCUAUACUGGCUUAAAGAUGGCAACAGAUUCAGUGGAAUCAGGACUAUCGAAGAUUGAUCUACGAUCCGAUGAUCCUUUGGACCUCUUCGAAAAGUGGAACAAUGAAUCGAAAAAGUCUAUUAUUUGUUUAUCCACUAGUUCGGCAGACAAUCGACCUCAUUCAAGACACGUAAUGUUACGAAAGUACGAUAGAAGUGGAUUCGUUUUUGUCACGGAUAAGAGAAGCCGCAAAGUUCAGGAAUUGAAUGAAAAUGGAAUGCGCGCAUCUAUCUGUAUUUAUUGGAUGUUCACUAAUGACGAGAAGAAAGUCGUUCUGCGACAGGCGAGAAUUGAAGGAAAAGCAGAAAUUUGCCCGAAGCAUGAAAUACAGAAAUUUUACGAUGCAGAUCCUCUUUACUGCAAAAUUCGCGCACAUCUUUGUCAUCAAGAUGCUCUCGUUGAUUGGAAUCAAUUGAACAAACGACACGACCAACUACUCGAGGAAGCUAAAAUGAACAAUUCUGCACUCCCUAUGCCUGAUCAUUUUGUUGCAUACAAACUCGCACCAGACUCGAUGGAAUUCUACGAAGCCAAAGGCAAUAACACUAUUGCUGAUCGAUUUGUCUUCUGUAAAGACUCGAAUGGACAAUGGACUCAUCAAAGAAUCGCUGCAUGAAUAUUUAUUCAUCGUUAACAUGACUCGCACUUCCUAUUUCAUAUAAUACAGUGUAUUCAAUAAUUAGUGAAAGUGAAAGUGAAAGUACACGACAUUUCAAAUUAUAAUUGUAUUUUCAAAAUAAUUGUAUUUUCAAAAUAA